AUGGAACAACAACUACCAAAUUCAAUGGAAAUAAAAGAACCACUACCACUACCACUACCACCAUCAUCACCAUCACCAUCAUCAUCAUCAUCACCACAAUCAAUUGAAACACAAAAUGAAUUAAUAAUUCCAAAAAUGAAAAAUUCAAAAAGAGUUAUAAUUUUAUCAAGUGAUAAUCAAGAAUAUGAAUUGGAAACCGAAUUAAUAAUUAAUAUGUGUAAAACAGUGAAAAAUAUUGUUAAAGGUUGUUUAAAAUUUAAAAAUAGUUUAGGUGGAUGGUUUACAGUUGAUGGUGAAUCUAUAUUUCAUAAAAGGGAGGACAAAUUAUUAGCAUCAAUCAAUAAGAAUACAGAAGAAGAGAUUAAAAUUUAUUUUUCAGAUAUUAGAGGUUGUGUAUUAAAUUCGAUUUUAGAAUUUUGUAAAUUUCAUUCAACAAAUACAUCACCAAUUUUAGCAACUCAAUUCGAUUUUAAUUUCAUUCAAAAAAAACCAUUAAAUCUUUGUGAAUUAGCUUCAGCUUCUUAUUUCUUAGAUAUCAAAUCGUUAGUUAGUUUAACAAGUAAAGAAAUUGCUACUCAAAUUUCACAGAAGAGUGCAGAGGAAUUGAGACAGACAUUUUCAAAUUUACAAAUAACAGAACCAAGAGAUGAAAAUUUUGAAAUGGCAAUAAUGUCAUUAAAAAGAGGUUCAAGAUCUGAAUUGGAAGAGGCAGUAGCGCGACAUGAAAGAAUGGUUGCAAAAUUAAAAUUUGAAAAUAAAUCAUUAGAUGAAAUUUUGGAAUUUAUUGGAGAGGAUGAAAAAAAAUCCAAGAAAUCAAAGAAAUCAAAAUCAAACAAUACUAAAAACAUUAAUUCAAACCACUUUGAUAAUAAUAAAAUAAAUUCUAAAUCAAAAAAUAAACUGAAAAAUAAAAAUGAAAAUGAAAAAGAAAAAGAAAAGAAAACUAUUAUUAUUAUUAAAGAAGAAAUCAUAAUAAAUAAUCAAAAUAAUGAAAAUAAUCAUUUUAAUAGGAACAAUAUAAUUAAUAUAGAUGAUUAUAAUUUAAAUAUAAAAGAUGAAGAGGGUGAUGAUGGUGAUGGUGAUGGUGAUGAUGAUGAAAUUGACCCAGUUUUACAAGAAGAAAUUGAUAGAGAGAUUGCAAUAUUUAAAGAAAGAUUAGAGUCUUUCAAUAGACAGAUAAAACUACCCCACACUCCCUGUUUAACCAAUUAUUAA